UUGAGGUUGGAGGAGGGAUGUACGAGCAGUGGACGUUAUGAUUGGUUUCAGCUUUAUUGUGGCGCUUCUUCGCCAGGCAGACGCAGCCAUGACGGCAUUCAGCAGCCGCGGCGCCCUCCAGCUGCCAUCAAAGCUCACAAGAGGCAGAGAUCCAGCAGCUGUGAGACGGCGGCAACCUCAUCGGCUAACCUUGGUGCCAUAUUAUGCUCGGUGUCGUCGGCGUGCAUCCGGUGUUGUGCUGCAGAUGAGCUCUUCCAGCGACGAACGGCUGCCUGACGGUGCAGAGGACGCCAUCAAGUACAUGCUCGAGUCGACGCCAGGCAUGGAGAAAGAGUUCUCGGGCAGCGUCAAGGCCGAACUCCUGGCGCUCACCGACGUCGACACGGCCAACAAGACGCUGUCAUUCAGGACACAGGGGGAGGCGUUGCCAUCAUCGCCCGUCACUUUAACCUUUGCAAAGGAUGCUAGCGGGGAGCAGCUUACCAAGGAGAAUGUCACGAUUGUCGGGCGGGCCAUGACGGCGACCACUGAGGAGAGGCCUGCGGAGUUCCGGACGGGUCUGGUCAUCAAGUCAGUGCAGCGGGCGGUGGGGAAACUCGGCCUCGCCAUCACCGAGAAGGCAGCUGCCGAUAUCAAGCUGCUAGUGGUGAGUGAGAUAGAGAAGAUGUGAACGCACACAGUACAUCUGUCCUGUCCUCUUCGGCACUGCAUGUGUGUGUUCGUGUUGUGUUGUCUUGAUUCGAUUCGUGUAGUCCAUCGGUGAGUUCAUCAUGGAGAAGGCCAUGACCGACACGCAGCGAGUGUCCAAGCAGGUGGACACGGCCACGCAGGCCCUGCUGCAGCAGAUCUUCCCCCAAUACGCCAACCUCACCGUCAGCCAGGCUCUCAUGCUCCUCCCCAUCCUCCCGCCGGCCACCAGCGAGCGGCUCCUCCAGACACUCCGCUUCACGGGCAAGCCGCGAGACGCCGUGCUGGCCGAGCUGUACCAGAGGGAGGUGGACAGGCGGUUCAACAUGCUCAAGGCGGUCUCCAAGGCGCCGACAGGGCUGGCGGGCAUCCCAGACUACUUCUACAGCAUGAGGAAGGAAAUGGUCGACGGCCCCGCCGGCCAGAGGCUCGCUAAGCGGUUCCCUGGACUCGCCUCGCUGCGUGACGCCGUGGCGCGGCGGGGCAGCAAGAUACUCCUUGACGACAACCUGCAAGACCUUGUGGAGCUCGCUGAGGAGGAGCAGUGGGGAGGGGCGGCAGAUGCAGACCGCUCCGAGUGGGGGCCUGCCAGCGGUGGUGCUGACGACAUGGCCCACAGUGCGGGGAAUGCGUCGUCUCCUGGCCGGCCUGCGUCGAUGGAGGAGAUCAUCGCCUACCAGAGGGGGCGGUGCGAGUCGCUCCAGGCGGGCAGCGAGCUGGAGCGGCGGGCUGUUAACGAGACGCUGCCGACGAUUGAGGCGCUGCUCAAGGCUCUCAAGGCGGUGCAGAUGACACCCGUGGGCAACACCACCGUGUCCAGCUCGCCUGAGCGGUCUCUGCAGCUGGUGGACGUCGCAAUGAAGGACGCAGAGGCGACACUACAGCGCAGCCUGACGAAGGAGCGACAUCGGCUGGAGCGCCUGGAUGUCUCGGUGGACCACACCAUCGCACUGAGGGUGGGCAGGGCACCCACACACACAGGAAAGAGAUGAAAGAUAGCUAUAUGCAUCCGGCGGACUUAAAUCUGUCUUCUGUGGAUCGGAUCUGUGUGCGUGUCAGGAUCGGUUGGCGACUCUCGAGGGUGAGGGAGCCGAGGGUCGGGUGGCGAGCUUUGACGUUGGGGAGGAGCUGGACAAGAGGCAGCUGCCUCGGCUCACGUCAGCACUGGACCAAGAGGCCGCCGCUAGGAAGAAAGAGCUCAAGGCAAGCAACCCCGAGAACCAUACACCCACAUCUGCCCACCCCUAUCUGUGCUUGCGUGACCCCCUCCCAUUUGUGCAGGCUACUCUUGAGGCUCUUCAGAGUCUCCAGAAGAGUUUUGAGGACUUCUUGGAGCCUCGUCCAGCCAAUGAGGAGGCAUCCCUCGUCCAGGGCGUCGGCGGCGGCACAGACCCCAUGGUGCCUCCCCGACCGACCCCUGUCAACGACAGCCCCCCUCCACCGAGGACGGUGCGGCCUCAGCCAACCCCUGUCUCAUCUGCAGCCACACAACCGUCAAACCCCUUCCCAUACCAGGACGGCAGACCGGCAGUGGUCCCAUCGCCGUCGCAGCCCUCCUCGCCUCUAGGGGUCCUGGUGCCUGCAGCCGACGCACACGAAGGCCUGAAUCCACAUCUUCUCCAAAGGGCAGAUGCUCUCCCUGCCGCCGUCCCACCAGCAGCAGCGGCCGAUCCGGCCGUCGUGUCGGCGCUGCAGAGCCUGAAUGCCUUCACCGGCCGUGCAGUGGAGGCCCUCGAGCGGUAUGACGUCGAUCUGCAGUCGAAGCGUCGCGAGUACGAGGAAGGCAAGAGGCCGGUGCUGCUCAACGUGGCGGGCAAGCUGGAGGUCACCAAGAGGCGGGCUCUAGAGGUCACACUCGACAGGCAGCUGAGUGCAACAGCGGCACCAGCAGCCGGUGGCGAGGAGACCGAGUCGGAUCGGAAGCAACGGAGCGCUAUGAAGGCCGGCGAUGUCAACCUGCAAAGUUCGUGACCUCAGGGAGCGGAGCGGAAGGACUGAUGGGUGUGGCGUCGUCUAUGGUGUGGUGGCAUUCUCUGUUGCCUGCAGGUCUAGCGGCAGCAUUGGUGUGGUCCGAGGUGACCAAGAGUCAUCCCUCGGUCAACGAGACCGCCAAGCCAGUGGUGUCCCAGGUGGUGGUCAGCGAGCUGGGGUACUCGGCAGCUGAGGUCUUUCUGAGGACGGGCGACGCCGCCCUCUUCCUAUUCGAGACCGCCCUGGACGUCACCAGCAGGACACUCAGAGCCGUCUUCGUGAGAAGCACCUUAACACAUGCCGUCAUCCAUGCAGCCAUGUAUCGGUAUGUGUGUGUCUGUGUGUAUGCAGUCCUUUGAGGCGCUGUUUCGGUCUCGGUUCACGUCAGCCUUCUCUGACCCCCUUCGGAGUGACGGCGAGAGGCGCGGGUGGCGGCUGCUGCGGUCAGUGCGGUCACAGCUGGGCGUGGACGAUGACGACCUCACCAACUAUGCGGACUGACUGACGAGGCAGUGGGCGGCCUCGCUUCAGCUCCCUUAUUUGUACAGAUGGCGGGGCAGGGGGGAUGUGUGGCUAAGGUGGCUAGUUGGGUUGGGUAGUGGAGUCAUGUGUAUGUAUCUGUACAAGACAGAAGAGAGCCAAAAAGAUUUUUGAAGGAGAGGGCGAGUGGAGAGCAAGAGGGUCAGCGAGAGGGAGCUUUAAGAUGUGAGUGAGGGCCCUCAGUUUUCGGUGUACGGCCGGCCUUCUAAAUGACGAACUGAAGAGAGUUUUCGCGUUUAGUGGUGGCUCGGCCGACCAGGUCUUCCGUGGAUUUCGGAAGCCUGUUAGCCAUCGCGCCCCGCAUCCCAUCCAUUUUUGUGUCGAUAGCCGUACGUACGUACAUGUGCAUUGCUUUGAUUGGAGCAGAGCAGACGAG